GAGUGAGAGAGAGAAAGAGGGAGAGAGAGAGAGAGAGAGGCAGAGGGAGAGCUGAGGAAAGAAAAAAAGGCAAGACUUGGCACAGCUCAGUCGAAUCCGCUUCUUUUGUCUGCCUUCUCGGCUUGAGCUUCAGGAAGAAAACCGUCCUGGGUACAGAAAACUCAGAACUUUUUGGUUUUCAAACUUAGAAGGCUUUUUAAGUCUCGUGGGCUAUUUGAAAGUGUUGRUACAUACAAUGACGUUUAGUCACCAGUAUUUAGGGAAAUAAAAGCCUUUUUCAAAAGGAGGCUUCCACAGUGUCCAUGCAUGUGGGAAAUACUGUAUUUGAUUUUUUGCAUAUAUGAUUAUACCAUGAGAGACAGGAUGAACAUAGAAGAUGGCAAGGCAAAUUUCUAAUUAGAGAGAAUUAAAUUUUCUACAAAAUAAAGUUUGUUCAUCAGUACAAACCUGCUUUCAAAUCCAAUCAGACAUCCUUCGGAAUGUGUUCAGAACCAAUUAGUGACAACACUGGAGCCCAGAAAGGCAAGCUGAAGACACCAGACUUCGCUYGAAGGGCAGGCAAGAAAUCCAAACAUCAUGUCAAUGGCAACAGGACAGUUGAACCUUUCCCAGAGGGAACACAGAUGGCUGUAUUUGGAAUGGGCUGUUUCUGGGGGGCCGAAAGGAAGUUCUGGAUCCUGAAGGGAGUGUAUUCGACUCAAGUGGGCUUCGCAGGAGGCUACACUCCCAACCCCACUUACAAGGAAGUCUGCUCAGAAAAAACUGGCCAUGCAGAAGUCGUCCGGGUUGUGUACCAGCCGGAACACAUCAGCUUUGAGGAACUGCUCAAGGUCUUCUGGGAGAAUCACGACCCGACCCAAGGCAUGCGCCAAGGCCACGACCAUGGCACCCAGUACCGCUCGGCAAUCUACCCAUCCUCUGCUGCGCAGAUGGAGGCAGCCCUGCGGUCCAAGGAGGACUAUCAGAAGGUUCUUUCAAAGCAUGGCUUCAACCAGAUCACCACUGACAUCCGGGAGGGACAGACGUUCUACUAUGCGGAAGACUACCACCARCAGUACCUAAGCAAGAACCCGAAUGGCUACUGUGGCCUUGGGGGCACCGGGGUUUCCUGUCCAUUGGGUAUCAAAAAGUGAUUUCUCCCUUCCUGGUGGAUCCCAGGGGUUCCAACAAAAAUCCCUUCACUGAAUAGGGUCAUGCCUCUGUGAUUCACAUUAGUGGCUUUCUGAAGUGCACGUAGCGUAGCGCAAAAGCAUGGUACCAAAAUCCAGUUUUUAAUUGAGGUUUAAUUCACAGGAUGUGAAAUGGCAAGUUGAUAAAACAUAAUUUGUCCAGGAAGUUAGGGUGGAAGUAAGUUAUCUGUGAGAUUUUCUGGGUCGUUUGGGAUCUCAGUGGAGAUGAUGAACACCCUCAGACCCUGGGUCCACCCUUUCUGGGCACCUGCCAUGGGAGACAAGGGGUGAAGCUGGGAGAUAGCUGGACAGGGCUCAGGGAGCUGGGAAUCCUUGAUCUGUGUCUGUGACUCCUCACACGCCCUCCUGUCCCCCAGUGCCUUACAGUUUGCAAACAUUUACAGCCUCAAUAGCUCACUCCUGAAAUGCUUUGCUCUGCAGAACCGAGACAAGUACAGGAGGCCUUCUCUCACUCCUCAGCUGUCUUUGUGCAGAGAAAGAUGUGCGUUAGCUUGAUGAGCUUAAUGCUUUGCUUACAGCUAUGAGAAACGCUUGUUCUAAUAAAAAUCUACAAGUUCACUGAUACCAACUGCCCUGUGCCUCGUCCAUCUUUCCCCUGUUUAGGAGGAUAUUUGUAAGCACUUCGAAAUAGAUUAACAAGCUGUAAGAGAGCUCUGAGAUAAGAUGCCUCAUAAUCAUUUGCUCCCAAAUGGAAAAUA